AUGGCGAGGGAUACUGCGACAAACGAGCAGCUACAAGCCAACAUUGACUUUGCAUGCAGCCACGGCGUAGACUGUAGUCUUAUCCAACCCGGUGGAAGUUGCUAUAACCCUAAUACUCUGAUAGACCAUGCGUCGUAUGUCAUGAACGCUUAUUACCAUAGUCAUGGUCGCAUCGAAGAGGCUUGUAGCUUUAACCAUAGCAGUUGGUUUGUUUUUAAAGAUCCAAGAAUAGUCGCUAAAGUAGUUGAUCGCACAAAGACAAUGGAUGAUGUCUACGGUGCAUUCUAUGAUUUUUCUUGCAUGAUAGAAAAAAAGGUUGAUAAGAACGAUCCAAAUGCAAUGAAAACACUAAAACAACUUGGAACAAUCAAGAAACUCUGCAGAGAAAAUGGAGACCUUCAAAACAGAAAAUCUUAUGUUAACGACGAAUCAAAAUCAAAGGCUCUCUUGAUUGCAAUGCUUGUGCUUCUACUGGCCAUAUUGCUCUUUGCAUAUCUAAAACACCAACUAGUGUAG